AUGUAUAAAAUGGAAUAUUCUUACCUCAAUUCCUCUGCUUACGAGUCCUGUAUGGCUGGCAUGGACACCUCGAGCCUGGCUUCAGCCUAUGCUGACUUCAGUUCCUGCAGCCAGGCCAGUGGCUUCCAGUAUAACCCGAUCAGGACCACUUUUGGGGCCACGUCCGGCUGCCCGUCCCUCACGCCGGGAUCCUGCAGCCUGGGCACCCUCAGAGACCACCAGAGCAGUCCGUACGCCGCAGUUCCUUACAAACUUUUCACCGACCACGGCGGCCUCAAUGAGAAGCGCAAGCAGCGGCGCAUCCGCACCACAUUCACCAGCGCGCAGCUCAAAGAGCUGGAGAGGGUCUUUGCCGAGACGCACUACCCGGACAUCUACACGCGCGAGGAGCUGGCCCUGAAGAUAGACCUCACUGAGGCGCGAGUUCAGGUGUGGUUCCAGAACCGCCGCGCCAAGUUCCGCAAGCAGGAGCGCGCAGCGGCGGCCGCAGCGGCGGCGGCCAAGAACGGCUCAUCCGGCAAAAAGUCCGACUCUUCCCGGGACGAUGAGAGCAAAGAGGCCAAGAGCACCGACCCCGACAGCUGGGCCCCGGGGCCUGGCCCCAUCACCUCCAUCCCGGAUUCGCUCGGGGGCCCCUUCGCCAGCGUCCUCUCUUCUCUCCAAAGACCCAACGGUGCCAAAGCGGCGUUAGUGAAGAGCAGUAUGUUCUGA